AUCCAUUGUUUACAAAUGAAGCGAGGCUGUUGGGUUGCGGAGCGGCGUGGGAGAGCAAGGAGCGGUGCGGGCGCGUGGCAGCUCUCAUCCGGCCUCGACGACAAAAAGGAAAACAAAAAAACCCCACUCGCUUACAUCCACGGGGCCGUCGCCAUGCCUUGUCGGAAGGAGAACUACAUUUUCCUGGAGCAGUCCGUCACCGUGGGCUCCAAGGAAGUGGACGCGCUGGUGACGAAGAUCGGCGAGGCGCUGCAGCUCCACAACAAUAGCGGCGGCCACCAGAAGAAGACCGUGGCCGUGUCGUGUCUGCACGGACUCACCGACGCGGUCAAGCCGGCGGCCAACUUUGUCGUCGGCGGUUCGACGACAACGGUGGUUCAGAAACGCCAAGGCUGCUGCAUGAGGCUACGGAACCGCGGGAGCAGCCGGGCGAGCCCGUAUCACAUCCCCGGGUCGAGCGAGACGGAAUGGGACCAAAUCAAACCGUGGAGCAAAAAGAGGACGCACGCCGACGAGGACGACCCGCACCGGAUGCUCCAGGAGCUCAUCUUGUCCGGGAACUUGAUUAAAGAGGCCGUGAGGAGGCUGCAGUUCCCGGCCGCGGACUGUGGAGACUUCCCCAAGGCGGCGGACAACGUGCCCUGCUGAUCCGGCCACACACACACACACACACUCAAGGACCCCCCGGGCCGGUUCCUCCUGGAGGACCCUGCUCCUCCACACAAGAGACUGAGAGCGUCAAACUCACAAGACUGGUAGUUUCUUUUUUUCAUUCAUUUUCAUCCAUUUUGUCAGGAAUGUCGCGUCAGCCUCGCCUGCUAGCCGCCUGGCUAACCUUGUUUAUUUUUGAAUUUUUGUUUUUCUUCAACUUUAUUUCAACAACAAUAUGACACAAUUCUUCAAAAGGCUAACCUUGUUUAUUUUUUUGUUUUUUAUUUUUUUGUACGUUUUUCUUCAACAACAAUAUGAUACAACAAUUCUAAAAAAGGCUAACUUUUUUUAUUGUUUUGUACGUUUUUCUUCAACUUUAUUUCAACAACAAUAUGAUACAACAAUUCUAAAAAAAAGAAGGCUAACAUUGUUUAUUUUGUCAUUUUUUAAAUGUAAUUUUUUUUUUCAACAACAAUAUGACAACAAUUCUUAAAAAGGCUAACCUUGUUUAUAUAUAUAUUUUUUGUAUGUUUUUCUUCAACUUUAUUUCAACAACAAUUCUAAAAAAAAAAGGCUAACCUUGUUUAUUUUAUUUUUAUUUUUUUGUACGUUUUUCUUCAACUUUAUUUCAACAACAUGCUACAACAAUUCAAAAAAAAAAAAAAAGGCCAACCUUGUUUGUUUUGUAAUUUUUUUGAAUGUAUUUUAAUUUUUUGAAUGUUUUUCUUCAACUUUAUUUCAACAACAACAUGAUACAACGAUUCUAAAAAAAAAGGCUAACCUUGUUUAUGUUUGAAAAUCUCCCGGAGCUCAGAUGUCACAGGGCGGGUCACAUUAGCUCCAAUACGCCGGGAUCAUCGACAUUCAUUUAAUAACAUCAACGAUGACGUUUACAUUUCUUGUAUCUUAAGAAAACGGGAGUGUCCGGACGCAUAUUUCUUGAAAAAAGGCCACGUAAACAUGUAUUUUGUGUUAUUAUUUCCCCCUUUAAAACCAUUCAUUUGUUAGUUCGUGGUGUGUUUUGGAGGGGUUAGGGUUGGUUCCAGGGCCUGGGCCGGUUCCUUCUGGAGGACCCUGCUUCUCCACACAAGAGACUGAGAGUUAAACUCACAAGACUGGUAGCUGUUUCUUUUUUUCAUUCAUUUUCAUCCAUUUUGCCAGGAAUUAGCCGCCCGGCUAACCUUGUUUAUUUUUUUUACCAUUUAGAAAGCCUCUUUUUUUUUUUGUAAAAUCACAACAUGAACCAUUCUUGUUUAUGUUUGAAAAUCUCCCGGAGCUCAGACACCACCGGGCGUGUCACAGGAGCUCUAACACUUCCUCCCUUAGCAUUCAUUUAAUAACAUCACAAUGACGUUUACAUUUCUGUAUCUUAAAAAAACGGGACGCGUGUUUCGUGAAAAAGCCACGUAAACGUGUAUUUGUGUUAUUAUUUCCCCAUUUGAUACCAUUCAUUGUUAGUUCGUGGUGUGUUUUGGAGUGGCUAGGGUUGGUUCCGGAACAAAACCACGUGCGGGCUGAGGGUGGUGUAGUGCUGGCCAUUUUGUUUACACUCUAAAGCUGGCGGUUGGAGGAAGGAAGUGUUCCAUUCUCCCCUUGUCACUGAGUUACUAGUUUCUUCUCCUUUAAACUUCCCUCGGAGCAGCUAUUCUCACCGGUUAAACCUCAACCAGACACACGGUGGUCCAACCCGCCUGGCCGUGGCGUGGAUCCUCGGGGGGGGCACCGAACGAUUCCAUCCGAUUCCCCAGGGGUGACGAAUCGAUUCAAAUCGAUUCUGGCAAUGUAAUAGUUGAUUCAAUUAUUACAAUGGAACUUUUUUUCAAAGCAGUUUAGAAAAGCUUCUUCCAGGUUGCUUUUUAAAAAAUUGAUUGUUAAAUCGAAGAAUCGCGAUUUGGAUGUGAAUCGAUUUUUUUUUCUGUGCUCCCCGAGUGUGAUCUGUAGUGAAGAUCCUCCACUUGUAAAGGAGGAAGCACAGGGCUUGUUACUGUGGCUGAUGUUUGUAAUGCUUGUAAAUUGGGGGAGGGGUCGACUUGUCACGUGACAACACUUUUGUGGUGCUUUCACCUUUUUGGAAUUCCAAAAGGGGGUUCUGCUGUUUGUUUGUUUUUUGUAUUUGUGCUCCGUGUAAAAAGAAAAAUGCACGAUUGCUUCGUAACGAAGUAUCUGAUAUUGUUCCUGAGUAUUCAGGGCCCUUUUUUUGUUGUUUAAAUAAACAGUUUUGUUUUUCCAGA